GUUGAGGGCCGGCCUCCCGCCGUGGGCGGGGCUUGAGCCGCUGUCAGCUUGCGGUGGGACGGCGGCGGCCGGGGGCUGACAACCGGGGGUAACAAUCAGCACCGUGACUGCUCAUAUAUUAGCUCAGAGGCGGGAGCGGGGGCAAGGCGCAGAGGGUACGAGCAGGACGGAGCUGAGAGUGGUAAACGCGGUUGAUGCAGAGCAGCAGUUAACAUAUUCAUGUAGAAUCAGCUAAAAUGAAACUUCGUGUGCGCAUUCAACGGCAGAGAGGCUGGGUGGAGCUGGAAGAGGAUGAACCAACUCUCGGUGACCUGCGCAGUAAAAUAACUAACUCUUUUCUGCCAUCGUUAGGCUACAAUACUGAUACCGAGUUUAAGAUCAGUUUAAAUGGGAAAGAUGUUCUGACUGAUGACCAGCUAACUAUGAAGUCUAUUGGAAUAGUCACGGGAGAUUUGAUCUGCUUAAUAGUACCAGAUUCCACAUCUGCCUCUGCCUCAGCAACAGACUUGAAUAUUAGGGAGCAACCAUCAUGUUCCCAUGCUGCUCCAAAUCAGAUCCGUGAGAAUAACGUGAGUGGAUCUGAGACCAGUCAUAAUGAUGACAUUCUCACAGUUCAACAGUCUGAGGCAAACCUGAUUUCAUCAUCAGAUGAUAUGUCUAUGACAUUGGAAGAGACAAAAUAUCCACAUGAGCCAAUGUUGUGCAGUGAAGCAAUUGAUGGGCAGGUGCCACAUUCAUUAGAAACACUUUAUCAGUCAGCUCAGUGCACUGACCCGAAAGACGCUCUGAUUGUGGUGCUUCACCUCCUCAUGCUGGAGGCAGGGUACAUUCCACAGGAUUCUAAUCUGAAUGUUGUCCAAAUGCCUGAAAAUUGGAAGAACGGAGGUCUUUAUCGAUUACAGUACAAUCACUCCUUGUGUGAAGAUGGCUCUGCUACACUCAGCUGCAUCCCAAUGGGAAAUCUGGUUGUAGUCAAUGCUACAUUGAAGAUCAAUGAGAAUAUCAAAAGUGUAAAGAAACUGCAGUUAUUACCUGUGUCCUACGUUCAUCCAAAUAUUCUCGGUGAGAAUGCUGCACAAGUGUACAAAGAUCUACAGAAACUAUCCUGCAUGUUCAAAGAUCAGCUGGUGUAUCCUUUGCUUGCCAGUGCCAGACAAGCUUUGAAUCUUCCUGAUGUGUUUGGUCUUGUGGUUCUCCCUCCGGAACUCAAAUUACGGAUUUUCCGUUUUUUGGAUGUACUCUCCAUCUUAUCUCUGUCAGCAGUUUGCCGGAAUCUUCAUACAGCUACCAAUGACCAGUUGCUUUGGAGAUUUCUGUACAUGAGGGACUUUAGAGACUCGAGAACAAGCAGCCAUGAUUGGAAGAAACUCUACAAGGAAAAGUAUGCAACAAAGUGGAGAAGGAUGCAAAGAUUUCCCUUGUAUAUGCCACCAGUUUUGCCUUUAUUUCCUGGUCAGCCUAGUCCAUUCAAUCCCUUUCCGAUUGAACCCCACCAUUUUUAUCCACCUGGUAUUAUUGGAGGAGAAUACGAUGAGCAUUUUCAGCUGCCUUACAGAGGAGACCCUGUCAAUCGCAUUCUACCUGGAUCAGGAGCAAGAUUGGGACCAAUACCAGGGACACUACCACCAUUCAGACCACAUUUUAACCCAUCAGAUUUUACCCCAGGUCAGUUAGCUGCAAUACCUGGAUUUCGUGCCAGCAGAUUUCCAGGAAGAUCUUCCGGAGGCAGAUCAGCAAACAUCAGGCGUGGAAUCAUUUAAGAACACUUAAUAGAAGCUUUUGAACUUUUCUUAGUCACUCUUAAAGGAUGGAUAGUUUCUGCAUCUUUAACUUUUGUCAAUCUUUUUUUUAAAGAAUUGUAAAUAAUCAUGGUUGAACGUAGAUGGGUUGCUGAACUUGCACAUAGUAUACUUUCAUUCACUGAGCUCAGCUGACAGGUGAAUUAAGGACUACAGAAAGUAUGGCAAGAAGUCCAAAGGCACAGUGAUUUAAUAUUUGUACAUUUUAUUUCAUGAGGAGAGAAAUAAAAUGCACAAUUUGGAAUAUUGCAGCAUUUUUUCUGUUCUAAAUCUUUUCAGACUAAUUUACAUGCAAAGGUAAUUACUUUUCUGAGCAGGAUUGUAAUGAAAACGUCAGUAAAAUAGGUUAAUUUGUAAUAUGCAAUACCUUGAAAGCACUUGCUGAAGAAUUAAUAAUUGCAAUGUAACAGUAUAAAUAAUACUUUUAGAAAUUACCAAAUUAUGACUUCUGUAUUCAACAUUCAAGAGAAAAGAAGCUGAUUAAAGUAACAGCAAUUAUAAUAUUUACUACAAAGUCCAAAGAAAUAAAUGGAUAUAGAUGAUUCUUUCUGUAAAACUGAAGUGGUUUUAAAAUUUUUUGGUUCAAGUACUAUAGGGCCAUUUAUAACAAUUAAUCAUUGAGGGCGGGCUUGUGAGAUUAAUCAGGAAGGAAUAUAAAUUAUGUUUUAAUUUAGCCAAUCCAAUUUAUUUGGCGUCUUCUGCAGGCUGUAAAUUCUGUUCAGCAUCUUCAUUCGUGUAAAGCUAGGAGAUAAUCUUUUCAGGAUAUACAAGCAUGAACUGAUUUUUAACAAGUAUGCUGAGAGCAACUCAGUACAAAUACAAUGUAGUUAAUUUAAAGUUAAUUGUUUUUGCAGUCACAUCAAUAUUAGAAAUCAACAAGAUGUAAUUAAAUUUUUCACUGAUA